AUGUUUACAUCUUUGCAUACACUCUUCCUUUCUCUCUCUUUCUCUCAUUCUUUCUCUCUCUCUCUCUUUCUCUCUGUCUUUCUCUCUCUUUCUCUCUCUCUUUCUCUCUCUCUUUUUCCAUUCUCUCGCGAUGUCACGCCAUUUCUCUUUUUCUCACUUUUACUCUCACGGUAUUUCUCUCAGUUUCUAUUUUACCCUCUCGUCUUCCUCCAGUCUUUAUCUCUCUUUAAUGCUCUUUUUCGCUCUCUCUCUCUACCUCUCUUUCUCCAUCUCUGUUUUAACUCCUCGUUUCUUUACCAUACUUUCUCUUUUAAAAUCAUUUCAUCUAGAUCUAUCUUUUUCUUUCUUUUUCAGGCAUUUUAUCUCGCUAGCAGAUUUUCUCUAGUUUUCUCUCUUCCCAGAUUGCAUUUUCCUUCGAUAUGUCUUGCAACUUUCGUUUCUUCAUCUCUCUCUCUCUCUCUCUCUCUCUCUCUCAAGCGUUCUUUCUUUCUUCCUCCCUCUCUCUUUUCUCUCGUUCUCUUUCUUUCUCCCUCUCUUUCUUUUUUUAUAUCUCUCUUUUCUCAUUCUUUUUCUCUUUCUUUCUAUCUAUUUUCUUUCUCUAUAUCUUCCUCUUUUUGUUUCUUUCUCUCUCUCUCUCUCUCUUUCCUUCUCGCUCCUUCUCUCUCUUUCUCUCUCAGUCUAUUUUUCUUUCUUUAUCUAUUUCUCUUUUUUACUUUCUUUUUAUUUCUCUUUCUCUCUCUUUUUUCUUUCAAGCUCUCUCCUUCUAUUUCUUUCUUUAUCACUUUCUCUUUUUUCUUUCUUUCUCUCCCUUCUCUCUCUCUCUCUCAUUCUCUCGCUAUAUAUAUAUAUUUUUUUCUUCUUUAUCUCUCUCUGCUUUGUCCUUUUCUUUUCUCACAUUUACGACUCUUUCUCUCCCUUCUCACAACUACUAUUUCCUUUUCUCUUUCCGUGUCAUUGAUUGCUCACCCACCCGAUUCUUUCUUCAAUAAAUCUCUUGCUUUUCCCAUUUCUUUCUCCCUAUCAUUUCCUUCCUCCCUCUCCUCGUAA